AUGAUAAAGUCGGAGAAGGAAUUGAACCCUUUUGGUGACUUACCUUUGGAGAUUCUCGCUCGGGUUCUCGACUUUCUUCCUCAACAUCGUGUAUACCCUUUCUUAACGCUUUCCAAAGGAGUUGAUCAUAUUGCCAAGUUAAGAUUAUUUCGACAAGUGUAUGUGAUUGACUUUGGAAAUCCGGUUUUACAUGACUAUAUUGAGGACUUGAUCUGUUGGCUGGUUCUUUCAGGCUCACAAUUUAAUACUUUGUUACAAAGUGAGUUCAAAUGGCCUGGUAAGCUACUUUUGAUUGGGAUGCUGUCUGUCAAAACACCAUGUAAAGAUGUCAGGAAACGAUUCAAACCAGCCAAAGUGGUGUUUUUCAGGCGUAUUCAAGAUUUCGGAGAGGCUCCAUAUGAUAUACAAUUGUCAAACCCAAAGCUUUUCACUACCCAAUCCCUUUCACGACUUACGUUAGUGGGAGGUGCUUCCUAUGAAUUCCCACCUUACAAAUUGAGAGUUGACAAUCUUCUCGUGUUUGGGAAUUUCCGAAAGAUAGCGGAAUGCAUUGAUCUUUCUUCAGUCAAACAACUAUCCCUCGUGAAUGCAGUCAAUAACAGCGACAGUAAUAUCUACCGCUUGGCAGCCCAGUUGACUUCUUUGCAGGAUUUGUUCAUAUCGCAACCAAGUCUCUGUCAAAGUAUAAUGAAACACUUUCCUACAACAAUCAAACGGUUAGUUUUGAAUGACGUAACCCACGCUCCUUUGAGCUGUGUUGAACCAUUCCAAUUACUGCUUACUUAUCUUGAAAUUGGCAAUGGGUCACAUUAUGAGAACUGGCCCAGGCCAUUGCAGAAAUGUUUCUCAAUGAAAAGGCCACAGAAAGUGUACUUCGAAAAAGGUCAUUUGCCGAAGCUAAAGAUGUACGUUUACUUUCAUCAGGUAUUUGUGAAGCGACCAUCCUCCGGUAAUCGUCAGUACUACACAAUGAUCAACGAUUUCGCUCCCCGUCUGACGCUGACCUUGAAUUGGGAUACCAUACCUAUAGCAGGCAGCGAGCGGAUCAAGCGUCGUGAAAGAUAG